AUGAACGCCUUUCGCUCCAUCUACAAGAAAGAUCGUGCCCGCGAUUCUGAACCGCUUCGCAAGAAGCUCAAGCAGUCCGACAAGGAUGAUAUUGCUAUCGUUGGCCUUGAAGGCGAGCCGCUUUUCGCCUUCGACUCUGCUUUGGCCAUGGCUCACUACGGCGGCAACGACGACGUUUCUCAAUGGCGUAACGAAAAUUGGUAUACAUCCUUCAUGCUUGCCGUACAGCCCGGCAAAAUUUCGUGGUCGAAGGAGGAGCAUCAAAAAUAUCUGAGGAGCAUUCGGAACGACUUCUGGUCUGUACCUGAGAACCGACAAGCAGCCUAUAAGCGGUCAAAGGCCUGGUACGCAAUUGCUGCCAACAAGGCGUACCAUGCAGAGAGAACAAAAGCAGGUAGGGCCGAACUCAAGGCCGAUACAAAGCCAUGA